AGAUGAUGAGAUGUGUUUGUGUGAAGAAGUGACACACGUGUAAGGAGCAUCAUGAGCAGAAAAGCACACAGGAGGUUUUCUCUGGACAGUUCAGGAAAUCAUCUGGAUAUCAAUGCAGUCUCAGUCAAGUUCAAAAGCAGCAUGUUGAGAAGAUCUUCAGAGGGAAAAUCCUUUCAGAAUCCUGAGGAAUCACACCUGGAUGUUCUGGAUCACAACAGCCGAUCUACAGCUAUAGAGGAGGAGACUUUGGAUCGGCCUGAUGGACUUUUGCUUCGUAAGAGCUUGAAGAACCACUACAAAACCUUUCAUAAACUCUUCCCUGAAAUCCCAGAGACAGAAGACCUGAAGCAUGUGUUUACCUGUGCUCUGCAAAAAGAAGUGAUUUACCACGGUAAAAUGUAUGUGUUGCAACAUCACGUGUGCUUUCACUCCUCUGUGCUGCUUAAAGAGACCAAGGUUGUGAUUGUCAUGUCCAGUAUUCAGAACAUUAAGAAGAAAAACACAGCAAAGAUCGUGCCGAACGCUAUCGCUGUCUUCACAGAUGUGCAGAAGUACCUGUUUGUGUCGCUGAGAAAUAGAGAAGUGUGUUUUAAGCUCCUGGUGUCGCUGUGCACCCAACUGCAGAGUGAGAAGAUCAGCCAUGACCUGAAGACGGAAAACCAGCACGACACCACCACUGACACGAUCUCUUGCCCUUCCAGUUUAGAGGACGACCACAGAGAAGAGCUGAAGAGUGUGAACACAACUCAAUCUGUCCACAGGGUCUCCUGUGUUGCCAUGGUGACAGAGAAGAUCACAUCCGUUCUGUCCUUCCAUGACACGAGCAUCCUGAACAAACUGCUGGUGUUUUAUCUCAUACUGGUGGUUCUUCUGCUGCUGUCGUCGGGGUACAUUGGUUUGAGGAUGGUGGCUCUGGAGGAACAGCUGAGCACUCUUGGAGCCCUGCCGGAGUUUACACGACAGAGAGAGUACAAUGAAACCUAACCUCUCAGCAGAAGAGACGUCAGAUAUUUCUGUGGAAGAAGAUGAAUGUGGCAUCUCAUGUGAAGAGCUGCUGAUGUUCCAGCUCGUUCUCUAUGAGACGUUACUGUGUGUAAACUGAUCCAGAAAUGAAUUAUGUGACGACUUUGUGCCAUUUGAAUGACUGUAAUUAGGAAUGAUUGGUUGUUUUUAGAUUUACUGUUAUUUAUAUGUAUCGUAUGCUAUAACUGAGAUUGGAUCUUUUGAAGGUUUAAACAUCUGUACAAGGUGACAGAAAACAGCUUCUGGUGUGAAUUUAAUGCUUUCUUUUCCAGCCUUUCAGUAAAUGAAUUUACACUGUAAAGUUAAGGGUCUUUCAUCAAGAAUGUUUUUACAACAACAUGUAUAGCAAUCAGUUGAAUUCUACUCAAUAUAGAACAAAAUCACGUUUCUUUUCGAUGUGAAUAUAGCUUCUAUUGCACUUGAGUCGUGUACUUCAGUGGGAAAGCAGAUCAUGAAAAUAUUUACAUAUUCUAAAAAUUGUAUAUUUAUUAAUGUAGAGAGAGAGAGAAUGAGAAAGGGCCCAAUGCUUUACUGUUCUUUGUAAAUGUAUCAAUUUAUAAUAAGACACAGCCGGCACCCAGCCCUGCCUCCAGUUUGGCACCCUGUCCGGUCUUGCCGGCACUCCGGCCGAACCUGCCCCGGUCAAGUCCCCCCGGACCCCGCGCUCUCGAGUGCCCCCCCGGAGUAUGACUCCCCCCCAGCCCCAAUCCCUUUGGACUUCCCCCUAUGGACUCUUUUGUUCCCCCACCCCUUUCCCAUGUUUGUUAUUUUUAUUGUGUCACCCCAACCCCUUUAUUGUUAUUUCAUGUUUACUUUUAUUAAUGUUUACUCUGUUUUCUUGGAUGUUGUCUGUUACCCAGUCUGUCUUGUCUCGAUAGUCUGCCCUUGGUGAACGCCUGGGGUUGUUCAUUAAGGGGGGGCUUCUGUCAUGGCAGAGCCUCUUGUUCUGUAUGGAGAGAAACGUAUUAAUAAUAAUAUGAGUUCUCUCUGGUCUCGUCUUUGGCCCCGCCCCUCUGGUUUCCUCGUUUAGCUCUCCAUCAGUGUUUCAUCCCCGACACCUGUCCCUUGUUAAUUAUCCUUUGUUAGUCUCCCUAUAUUAUGCCCUUGUGUCUCGUGUCCUGUGCUUGUUCGUACUGCUUGUUCCACCACUUGUUCCUGAUGGUUUGUUCCCAAAAGGAUACCUUGUCGAGUUCGUGUUCCCUGACCCGUGAGUUAGUUCAGUUAGUUAGUGUCUACCCUUGUCAUAUGUUGUCUUAGUCUAGUGUAUUUUAGUUAGUGUCUUGCCUGUGUUUAUACCCUCUUGCAUGUCGUUUUACCCCCUCGUGGGUUUUUGCCUUGUAUUUCUGUUUAAAUAAAUCCUUUUUGUUAACC